AUGUCUCAUUAUUUGUUGUCAAGGCGAGUUUUUAAUAAGUUUCUUAAUUUAAAGCCUUUGUGCUCCUACUCAUCUGGUCCAAAGGGAUAUGUUGUUGGCAUCGAUCUUGGAACAACCAACUCCUGUGUUGCGGUUAUGGAAGGGAAGCAACCAAAGGUUCUGGAAAAUUGUGAAGGUUGUCGCACUACUCCAUCUGUGGUGGCAUUUACAAGUGAUGGAGAAAGGCUCGUGGGUGCACCUGCUAAAAGACAGGCUGUUACAAAUUCAGCCAAUACGUUUUCUGCAACCAAGCGUCUUAUAGGUAGACGGUUUGACGACCCGGAAGUACAAAAAGAUAGAAAAAACUCUUCAUUUAAAAUCAUUAAAGCUUCUAACGGUGACGCAUGGCUUGAAGCUCAUGGCAAAGCUUAUUCACCCAGCCAGAUAGGUGCAUUUGUAUUGAUCAAAAUGAAGGAAACUGCAGAGAGUUAUUUGGGUUCGAAGGUGAAAAAUGUUGUGAUCACUGUCCCAGCAUAUUUUAAUGAUUCCCAACGACAGGCAACAAAAGAUGCCGGAAAAAUAGCAGGAAUGGAAGUUUUGCGUGUCAUUAACGAACCUACGGCUGCAGCUUUAGCUUACGGUUUGGAUCGAACUGAUGAUAAAACGAUAGCGGUCUAUGAUCUAGGAGGUGGUACAUUCGAUAUAUCAGUAUUAGAAAUUCAAAAAGGCGUUUUCGAAGUGAAGUCCACCAAUGGGGAUACAUUUUUAGGAGGUGAGGACUUCGAUAAUGAACUACUGCGCUUUUUGGUCAAGGAGUUUCAAAGAGAGCAAGGUAUAGAUGUCACGAAAGACCCUAUGGCGCUCCAACGUGUCAAGGAAGCUGCAGAAAAGGCCAAAAUUGAAUUAUCGUCUUCUUUACAAACCGAUAUUAACCUACCCUACUUAACUAUGGACAAAUCGGGCCCCAAGCAUAUGCAUUUUAAAUUAACUCGAGCCAAAUUUGAACACUUGGUAGAACCUCUAAUCAAGCGUACAAUCGAACCAUGUAACAAAGCCUUGAAAGAUGCUGAGGUGAAAGCUUCAGAUGUUGGUGAAAUUAUACUUGUUGGCGGAAUGACCCGAAUGCCCAAGGUUCAAGAGACGGUUGAGAAAAUAUUUGGAAAGACACCUAGCAAAAGUGUCAAUCCAGACGAGGCUGUAGCUAUGGGUGCGGCAAUCCAAGGAGGAGUCCUUGCUGGAGAUGUCACGGACGUGCUACUGCUUGAUGUUACUCCUUUGUCACUUGGAAUAGAAACUUUGGGUGGUGUUAUGACGAAGCUGAUAAAUCGGAAUACAACUAUUCCCACGAAAAAGUCACAAGUGUUCUCAACUGCUGCCGAUGGUCAAACACAGGUUGAAAUUAAAGUACAUCAGGGUGAACGUGAAAUGGCAAGUGACAAUAAAUUACUGGGACAGUUUUCCCUGGUGGGUAUACCUCCUGCACCACGUGGUGUUCCUCAGAUUGAGGUCACAUUCGAUAUCGAUGCCAACGGAAUUGUCAAUGUAACUGCACGUGACAAGGGGACUGGUAAAGAACAACAGAUUGUCAUACGCUCCGGUGGGGGUUUGAGUAAGGAUGAGAUUGAAAAUAUGGUGCGCAAUGCUGAGCAAUACGCAGAAGUAGACAAAAAGCGUAGAGAACUCGUGGAAUCAAUAAAUCAGGCAGAAGGUAUUGUUCAUGAUACAGAAUCAAAAAUUAAUGAAUACAAGGACCAGUUGCCCGCAGACGAGAGAGAGAAACUCGGUGUACUUAUUGAAAAGUUGAAAAGUCGGUUGAGUAACAAAGAUAAUGAAACUGCUGAAAGUAUUAGAGAAGCUACCAGCGAACUUCAGCAAGCAUCCCUCAAGCUAUUCGAAGUUGCCUACAGAAAGAUGGCAGGUGAGCAAGGAUCAAAGACUGACACUCAAAGUGACGAAUCAGUCAAACAAGAAAAGCAAUGA